AAGUAAGCAAAGCGCAAAAACUCCACACUUGCAGCCAGGCAGCCCUCCCUCUCUCAAACCCCGAGGUGAUAACAGUCUUGGCAGUGCAGGCGCACAAGAGAAAGAGCACUCAUCCAGGACGCGGGAUUUUCCAUCUGCAGAGUCAAAAAGAAGAAGAAAAUGAAGGCUCAGUUAUUUCUCAUAGAUGUAAUAUUCCUGUGCAUAUCUUGCGGAGCAAGUGCACUGGCAACAAGUAUUCCUGUUGCGUUCACGUCCCUGCCAGACGCCACUUCUUUUACCAGUGUUGGCGCAGCGCGCAGCAACGGAACAGACACCUCGACCAUCCCUAAAGGCAGGAGGAAGCGCUAUAUUAGUCAGAAUGACAUGCUUGCCAUUCUCGAUUACCACAACAAAGUGCGAGGGAAAGUGUUUCCUCCGGCAUCCAACAUGGAGUACAUGGUGUGGGACGACACUCUGGCUAAAACAGCCGAGGACUGGGCUCAUGCCUGCCUCUGGGAGCACGGGCCACCUCACCUCCUCAGGUUCCUGGGUCAAAACCUCUCUGUCAGGACGGGACGCUAUCGAUCUAUUCUUCAGCUGGUGAAGCCCUGGUACGACGAGGUCAAAGAUUACUCUUUUCCUUACCCCCGUGACUGCAACCCCCGCUGCCCGCUCAGAUGCUACGGACCCAUGUGUACCCAUUAUACUCAGAUGGUGUGGGCAACGUCAAAUAAAGUGGGCUGUGCUGUUCAUACGUGCCACAAUAUGAACGUAUGGGGUUCAGUGUGGAAGCGAGCGACGUAUUUAGUUUGCAACUAUUCACCCAAGGGAAACUGGAUUGGAGAAGCUCCCUACAAAGUGGGCGUGCCCUGCUCCGCCUGUCCCCCCAGCUAUGGCGGCUCCUGCAGCAACAACAUGUGCUUCCCUGCUCUCAAGACAAACUACCUGCACUGGUUCUAAUAAGCACAGGUUUACUUUCUCUUCUCCUCGUUGACAUUUAUAAGCUGACGACCUACAGUACCACAAAGACCUUGUUUUAAUCCUGUAAGGAUUUGCACAACAGUCGUGAAUCACGCUAUUUUGUAUAUAUGGGCUUAUUUAAAGACACAAACAUACAUUUGAAGGCAGCAGGCCAUUUUAGCUUCUUGUAAAUAGACUGUAAAUUAAUUUUUUGUUAUUUUUAACUGAUGGAAUAUAAUUUAUAUGUAAAAUGGGUCCUUAAACGAUUUUCUACCAUUGCUAAAGUGGUAAUUAAGGACAGAACACCAUCAUAGCUGCUCAUACCUGCUCACUUUGGUGCUACGGGCAUCACACCUCCAUGUUGUGUGCUCUGCCCUCACAGGAAUGCUGUGAUGUAAAGAUCAAAAAGCUUUUUGACCUCAGAGGGAAAACCUAUACUGGCAGUGUCAGGUUAGUAGCUGCUGUAGACCCUGCAGUAGGUUGCUUUUAAAAAAAAAAGAAAAGGAAAGAAAAACAAACAAACUCUGAUGCGUUUGGCACAGACAGAAAUGCACUUACACUGUAAAGCAUAAAAGGAUAGACAGAACCAUUUCAUUCACCUGGUGCUUUGCAGUUUUUUCUGUGCACUGAUUAGAUUGUGUUUUCAUUGUACAGGUUUUCAUUCAUAUUUCAUACAAUAUUUAGCCAGAGAGAGCACAUACAGUAAAUCUGACCCACAUACGGUGACUAUAAUCAUAUUUGUCAUAGACUAUGUUGGUAUAUACCAAAUAUACCAUAAUCUCAGAGUAUAAGACAAAUGCGGUGUCUGUACUGUAUGUCGUAAUGAUCUUUUCACUGACGUUGUAGUAACGGUUUUGCAUUUAGGCACUCGAGUGCACCUUAAUUGUUUGUAGAUUUCCACAAUACCAGGAAAUUAUUAUUUUUUUGUGUACAUGUAGAUAAUCAAUACACCUUGACUAUCCUUAAACUUCCAAGUAUUCUGUAAGUUAUUCAUUUUUAUAUGGGGAAAUAUUUAAUUGAUAUUAAUGUUGUUUCAAUGUUUUGUACUGAAUACAGUUCGUUUGCAGGUCAACUUGUAUCACGGUGAACUCACUGCAAAUGAAUAUAUAAGAGAUAUAUAAGCACUAGCACGAUGUAUUGGCAAGUAACUCCUUCAUCCCUGUAAUCACGGCAUGCAGAUUAGAAAUUAACUCGAGGACUGAAGCACAAAAAUGUAAUGUCAUGACAACAAAUUACAUUAGUUUCAAAAUAAUGAUUGAUUUUUCCAAAAAUUUGCAUUGUAAAAGAGGAAAUUCACCUUUUUUUUCCGCACUGACUGUAUUUAAACCAACAUCUACAACAAGCUAUUUAUGCAGUGAACUGCGUUUUUCUUGUUGUCUUUUGUAUUUGUAAUAAAAAUGGUCUAUUUUGA